AUGUGUGCCUUGUGUUCACUUGUGCAUGACGCCUGCAAAGACUUUGAGAAAGUUGGUGCGACAAUAGCGGUGACGCCCUGCGAUGUCGUAGAAGAAGCUGACAUCACGUUCUCGUGUGUCGCAGAUCCACAGGCAGCUAAAGAGAUGGUAUUCGGAAACUGUGGUGUGCUCCACUGCCCCACAUUGGAGGGUAAGGGGUACGUGGAGAUGACAUCCAUUGACUCUGACACAUCACACGAUAUCGUAGAAGCCAUCAGCGGGAAGGGGGGACGGUAUCUCGAAGCUCAGAUCCAAGGAUCGAAGACGCAGGCGGAAGAAGGAACCCUGAUAAUCCUGGCCGCGGGAGACCGCUCUCUCUUCGACGACUGCCAAUCCUGCUUCAAGGCCAUGAGCAAGAAUUCCUUUUAUCUUGGUAGCGAUAUAGGAAACGCGUCAAAAAUGAAUUCCGUACUGCAAGUGGUGGGUGGGGUCUCCUUAGCGGCGUUGGCUGAAGGCCUGGCUCUGGCGGACAGGGCGGGGCUCAACCAGGCCGAUUUGUUGGAUGUUCUUGCGCUCACACCUCUGGCUUCCCCUCAUUUGAUACUCAAGGGACGAGCAAUGAUAGAGUCGUCAUACUCCACGCACCAGCCCCUCAGCCACAUGCAGAAGGACCUGAAGUUGGCGCUGGGUCUCGGAGACGCGUUGGAACAAUCGCUGCCCCUCACCGCGACUACAAAUGAGAUAUUCAAACACGCGAAGAGACUUGGUUACGCCAACCACGACGUGGCAGCUGUGUACAUCCGUGCUAGGUUCUAA